AUGUCUUACUUUAUAGAUGUCAUCUCCGGCGACCAGCUGCUCUCGGACGAUUUCCCUAUAAAGGAAGUCGACGAUAUUGUCUAUGAAGUGGACUGCAAAUUUAUAGAGGUUGAACGAGCCCAUGAUGUUGAUAUCAACGCUAAUCCCUCCGCUGAGGAAGAGGACGAUACCAUCGCCAAAGUCAAUAAUGUUGCGCAUGCGUUCGGCCUGCAACGAACCAGCUUCGAUAAGAAGACCUAUAGAGACUACAUCUCACGCUACAUACGGGGAAUCAAGACCCAUCUUCAAGAAACAGAUCCGGAUAGGGUUGAAGCGUUUGAACGGGGUGCAUCGCAGUAUGCGCAUAAAAUCCUCAGUCAUUUUUCAAGCUUCGAUUUUUAUACUGGACCGAGUUCCCAUGCCGACGGCAUGGUUGCUCUGCUCAACUACCGCGAGGAUGGCGACACCCCGUUCUUUACCUUUUGGAAGGAUGGACUGCAGGUGGCUGAUAUUUAA